AGGAAGAGCGGCGAUGUCAAACGAGGAGGACGCGGCGAUCCCCGUCCGCGUGGCCGCGCGCUGCCGCCCCAAUGGCGCCGCGGGGCUGCGGGAUGGCUGCGUCCCCUGCGUCACCGUCGCACCCGGCGAGCCGCAGAGCCGCUCGUUGUGGGAGGAGAGUGUCUUGUCCUGCAAGUGACGUCAUGUCACCUCGUGACGUCACGAGGGACCAGGAAGUUGCCGCUCCGCGCUCGCACUGCAAUCCGAGGCCACGCCCGCUUGAGCUGCUGUACCGCUCUUGUUUUCAGAAGCGACCUGCCAACAACAACAACAAGGCAGAGGUGGGACAAAGUCAUUGUUAUGCAAGUCCAAGUCGAGUCUGAAGUCAUCAAAUUCAUGACUCGAGUCUGACUCGAGUCCACACCUCUGCAACAAGCUGUCGCUGCCUCUGCAGAAGUGGUCUCAUGGAGCAAAGGCACUCGGCGCAGCUCGGUGCAAAAAGGCAUCAAUGCGACCGGUGUGCAUACAGCACGGAUCGUCCUGCACAUUUGACACUGCACCAGAGAACUCACACUGGGGAGAAACCCUUCAAGUGCAGUGUGUGUGGGAAGGCGUUUGCACGGUCAUCUACUCUUGUAGAACACCAGAGAACACACACGGGAGAGAAACCCUUCAAGUGCAGUGUGUGUGGGAAGACGUUUGCACAUUCAUCUGCUCUUGUAGCACACCAGAGAACUCACACGGGAGAUAAACCCUUCAAGUGCAGUGUGUGUGGGAAGGUGUUUGGACAGUCAUCUGCUCUUGUAAAACACCAGAGAACACACACGGGAGAGAAACCCUUUAAGUGCACUUUGUGUGGGAAGGCGUUUUCAUAUUCAUCUGCUCUUGUAAGACACCAGAGAACACACACGGGAGAGAAACCCUUUAAGUGCACUUUGUGUGGGAAGGCGUUUUCAGAUUCAUCUGCUCUUGUAAAACACCAGAGAACCCUCAUGGGAGAGAAACCCUUCAAGUGCAGUGUGUGUGGGAAGGCGUUUUCACGUUCAUCUGAUCUUAAAAUACACCAGAGAACACACACGGGAGAAAAACCCUUCAAGUGCGGUGUGUGUGAGAAGGCAUUUAUCUACUCUUGUAAAAACAAGAGAACACACACGGGAGAGAAACCCUUCAAGUGCAGUGUGUGUGGGAAGGCAUUUUCACAGUCAUCUACUCUUAUAGCACACCAGAGAACACACACGGGAGAGAAACCCUUCAAGUGCAGUGUGUGUGGGAAGGCGUUUGCAUGUUCAUCUACUCUUGGAGCACACCAGAGAACACACACGGGAGAGAAACCCUUCAAGUGCAGUGUGUGUGGGAAGGCGUUUGCACGUUCAGCUCAUCUUGUAAAACACCAGAGAACACACACGGGAGAAAAACCCUUCAAGUGCAGUUUGUGUGGGAAGGCGUUUGCACUUUCACCAAAUCUUCAAAGACACCAGAGAUCACGCAAGCAUCAGAAGAUCCACAAGGAGUGGAGUCUGAAAUCAGCUUGUGAAAGUCAAAGUGCCUCAAUGAGCCCAUCCAUCAUCAAACAAGAACCGGAAGAAAAUCUCAGCUUGGACACUUUCAAAGAAAUCAAGGUGAAAUAUGAAGAGGUGAAGGUGAAAUGUGAAGAUGAAGAUUCAAUUCCAAAAUGGGACCUUCACAUCGAUGGAGACAACGUGAAGCAGCAUGUCACCUGCCUCGUGACGUCACGAUGUAACAGGAAGUUGCCGCUCCGCGCUCGCAUUGAAAUCCGAGGCCAAUUCCGCUUGAGCUGCUAUACCGCUCUUGUUUUCAGAAGCGACCUGCCAACAACAAGCUGUUGCUUCCUCUGCAGAAUUGGUCUUAUGGAGCAAAGGCACUCGGCGCAGCUCGGUGCAAAAAGGCAUCAAUGCGACCGGUGUGCAUACAGCACGGAUCGUCCUGGACAUUUGACACAGCACCAGAGAACACACACAGGAGAGAAACCCUUCAGGUGCAGUGUGUGUGGGAAGGCGUUUGCACGUUCAUCUCCUCUUGUAGCACACCAGAGAACACACACAGGAGAAAAACCCUUCAAGUGCAGUGUGUGUGGGAAGGCGUUUGCACGUUCAUCGACUCUUAAAAAACACCAGAGAACACACACGGGAGAGAAACCCUUCAAGUGCAGUGUGUGUGGGAAGGCGUUUGCACAUUCAUCGACUCUUAGAAAACACCAGGGAACACACACGGGAGAGAAACCCUUCAAGUGCAGUGUGUGUGGGAAGGCGUUUGCACAUUCAUCAACUCUUAAAAAACACCAGAGAACACACACGGGAGAGAAACCCUUCAAGUGCAGUGUGUGUGGGAAGGCGUUUUCACAGUCACCUGCUCUUGUAGAACACCAGAGAACACACACGGGAGAGAAACCCUUCAAGUGCAGUGUGUGUGGGAAGGCAUUUUCAGUUUCAUCAAAUCUUCAUGUACACCAGAGAACACACACGGGAGAGAAAGCCUUCAAGUGCAGUGUGUGUGGGAAGGCGUUUCCACAUUCAUCUGAUCUUGUAACACACCAGAGAACACACACAGGAGAGAAACCCUUCAAGUGCAGUGUGUGUGGGAAGGCAUUUUCAGUUUCAUCAAAUCUUCAUGUACACCAGAGAACACACACGGGAGAGAAAGCCUUCAAGUGCAGUGUGUGUGGGAAGGCGUUUGCACGUUCAUCUACUCUUAAAAUACACCAGAGAUCACACACGGGAGAGAAACCCUUCAAGUGCAGUGUGUGUGGGAAGGCUUUUGCACAGUCAUCUACUCUUGUAGAACACCAGAGAACACACACAGGAGAGAAACCCUUUAAGUGCAGUGUGUGUGGGAAGGUGUUUGCACAGUCACCACAUCUUCAAGUACACCAGAGAACACACACGGGAGAGAAAGCCUUCAAGUGCAGUGUGUGUGGGAAGGCGUUUGUACAUUCAUCUACUCUUGUAGAACACCAGAGAACACACACGGGAGACAAACCCUUCAAGUGCAGUGUGUGUAGGAAGGCGUUUGCACGUUCAUCUGCUCUUGUAGAACACCAGAGAACACACACAGGAGAGAAACCCUUCAAGUGCAGUGUGUGUGGGAAGGCGUUUGCACUUUCAUCAAAUCUUCAUGCACACCAGAGAACACACAUGGGAGAAAAACCCUUCAAGUGCAGUGUGUGUGGGAAGGCGUUUACACAGUCAUCUGCUCUUGAAAGACACCAGAGAACACAGAAGCAUCAAAAGAUCCACAAGGAGUGGAGUCUGAAAUCAGCUUGUGAAAGUCAAAGUGCUGCAAUGAGCCCAUCCCUCAUCAAACAAGAACCGGAAGUGUAUCCCAGCUUGGACACUUUUAAAGGUAUCGAGGUGAAACAUGAAGAGGUGAAAUGUGAAGAAGUGAUGGUGAAGAGCGAAGAAGUGAAGGUAAAAUGUGAAGAUGAAGAUUCAACUCCAAAAUCGGACCUUCACAUCGAUGGAGGCAACGUGAAGCAGGAGGAGAAUUCUGACUGUGAGGCAGAGCGAGGCAACUCCCAGCAGUUUGUGGAAGUGGAGGUGUGGGUGGACUUCGUCCGAGACAAUACAAAGUCAAAUUGUAACAGGAAGUUGCCGCUCCGCGCUCGCAUUGAAAUCCGAGGCCAAGCCCGCUUGAGCUGCUAUACCGCUCUUGUUUUCAGAAGCGACCUUCCCACAACAACAACAACAACAAGCUGUCGCUUCUUCUGCAGAAUUGGUCUGAUGGAGCAAAGGCACUCGGCUCAGCUCUGUACAACAAGGCAACAAUGCGACCGGUGUUCAUACAGCACGGAUCAUCAUGGACAUUUGACACAACACCAGAGAACUCACACGGGAGAUAAACCCUUCAAGUGCAGUGUGUGUGGGAAGGCGUUUGCACAGUCAUAUGCUCUUGUAAUACACCAGAGAACCCACACGGGAGAGAAACCCUUCAAGUGCGGUGUGUGUGGGAAGGCGUUUGCACUUUCAUCUACUCUUGUAGAACACCAGAGAACACACACGGGAGAGAAACCCUUCAAGUGCAGUGUAUGUGGGAAGGCGUUUGCACAUUCAUCUACUCUUGUAAAACACCAGAGAAUCCACACGGGAGAGAAACCCUUCAAGUGCAGUGUGUGUGGGAAGGCGUUUGCACAGUCAUAUGCUCUUGUAGAGCACCAGAGAACACACAUGGGAGAGAAACCCUUCAAGUGUAGUGUGUGUGGGAAGGCGUUUGCACAGUCAUCUGCUCUUGUAAAACAUCAGAGAACACACACGAGCGAGAAACCCUUCAAGUGCAGUGUAUGUGGGAAGGCGUUUGCACAGUCAUCUGCUCUUGUAAUACACCAGAGAACCCACACGGGAGAUAAACGCUUCAAGUGCGGUGUGUGUGGGAAGGCGUUUGCACUUUCAACUAAUCUUGUAGAACACCAGAGAAUACACACGGGAGAGAAACCCUUCAAGUGCAGAGUGUGUGGGAAGGCGUUUGCACAGUCAUCUACUCGUGAAGCACACCAGAGAACACACACAGGAGAGAAACCCUUCAAGUGCAGUGUGUGUGGGAAGGCGUUUGCACAUUCAUCUACUCUUGUAAUACACCAGAGAACCCACACGGGAGAUAAACCCUUCAAGUGCAGUGUUUGUGAGAGGGCGUUUACACAGUCACAUCAUGUUGUAGCACACCAGAGAACACACAUGGGAGAGAAAUCCUUCAAUUGCAGUGUGUGUGGGAAGGAGUUUGCACUUUCAUCAAAUCUUCAUGUACACCAGAGAGCACACAAGCAUCACAAUAUCCACCAGGGGUGGAGUCUGAAAUCAGCUUGUGAAAGUCAAAGUGCCGCAAUGAGCCCAUCCCUCAUCAAACAAGAACCGGAAGAAAAUCCCAGCUUGGACACUUUCAAAGGUAUCAAGGUGAAAUAUGAAGAGGUGAAGGUGAAAUGUGAAGAAGUGAUGGUGAAGAGCGAAGAAGUGAAGGUAAAAUGUGAAGAUGAAGAUUCAACUCCAAAAUCUGAUCUUCACGUCGAUGGAGGCAACGUGAAGCAGGAGGAGAAUUCUGACUGUGAGGCAGAGCCAGGCAACUCCCAGCAGUUUGUGGAAGUGGAGGUGUGGGUGGACUUCCUCCGAGACAAUACAAAGUCAAAUGGAGACCCGGGAGAUGUGUAAGGCAGUGACGAUGCUGCUCCAAUAGAUGCCC